AACCCCGCCCCUUCCUGGCUACAGCGUGGGGCUACGAAAGGUCUGCGCAAGUAGUUGCUUCCCUCAUCCCUGGGUGGCAGUGAUCAUGGCUCAGGAACCGCGCACGCUGCCGCCCUCCCCUAACUGGUACUGCUCCCGAUGCAGCGAUGCCGUGCCCGGGGGCCUCUUCGGCUUCGCGGCACGGACCUCCGUCUUCCUUGUCCGCGUGGGCCCAGGCGCGGACGCGAUACCAGGGACGCCCCCAUUUCGAGUCAUAGGGGAGUUGGUGGGACACACCGAAAGGGUCUCUGGCUUCACAUUUUGUCAUCACCUGGGUCAAUACAACCUCUGUGCCACCAGCUCUGACGAUGGGACUGUGAAAAUCUGGGAUGUAGAGACAAAAACAGUUGUGACCGAACAUGCACUCCAUCAGCAUACAAUAUCAGCAUUGCAUUGGUCUCCUCGAGUAAAGGAUUUAAUAGUAUCUGGAGAUGAAAAGGGAGUAGUUUUCUGUUACUGGCUUAACAGAAAUGACAGCCAGCACCUGUUUAUAGAACCCAGGACAAUUUUCUGUCUUACUUGCUCACCUCAUCAUGAAGAUUUAGUAGCCAUUGGCUACAAGGAUGGCAUAGUGGUUAUAAUUGACAUCAGCAAGAAAGGGGAAGUUAUACACAGGCUUCGAGGCCACGAUGAUGAGAUCCACUCCAUUGCUUGGUGUCCCCUGCCUGGUGAAGACUGUUUAUCCAUAAAUCAAGAGGAAAACUCAGAAGAAGCUGAAAUUCCCAAUGGAAAAGUUAUAGCACAAACUCCAGGAACAAAAGGCUGCUACUUAGCCACUGGAAGUAAAGAUCAAACCAUUCGGAUCUGGAGCUGCUCUAGAGGCAGAGGGGUGAUGACUUUGAAAUUACCCUUUCUGAAGAGAAGAGGAGGGGGCAUAGACCCAACUGUUAAAGAGCGCCUUUGGUUGACGCUACAUUGGCCCAAGGAUCAGCCAACACAGCUGGUAUCCAGCUGUUUUGGAGGUGAACUCCUCCUGUGGGAUCUCACUCAGUCUUGGAGGCGGAAAUAUACCCUCUUUAGUGCUUCAUCAGAAGGGCAAAAUCAUUCAAGAAUUGUGUUUAAUUUAUGUCCUUUACAAACCGAGGAUGACAAACAGUUGCUGCUUUCCACGUCAAUGGAUAGAGAUGUAAAAUGCUGGGAUAUGGCCACCCUGGAGUGCUGCUGGACCCUGCCUUCGCUUGGUGGGUUUGCCUACAGUCUGGCUUUCUCUCCUGUGGACACAGGCUGCCUGGCCAUAGGCGUUGGGGAUGGCAUGAUCCGAGUAUGGAAUACCCUCUCCAUGAAGAACAACUAUGAUGUGAAAAAUUUUUGGCAGGGUGUCAAGUCCAAGGUUACAGCGCUGUGCUGGCACCCAACCAAGGAAGGCUGCCUGGCUUUUGGAACUGAUGAUGGAAAAGUGGGACUGUAUGACACCUACUCCAACAAACCCCCACAGAUUUCUAGCACAUAUCAUAAGAAGACUGUGUACACGUUAGCCUGGGGGCCACCAGUUCCCCCCAUGGCAUUCGGAGGAGAAGGAGACAGACCUUCCCUCACUUUAUACAGCUGUGGAGGGGAAGGAAUUGUCUUACAGCACAACCCCUGGAAGCUUAGUGGGGAGGCCUUUGACAUCAACAAACUCAUCAGAGAUACCAAUUCAAUCAAAUACAAAUUGCCUGUGCACACAGAGAUCAGCUGGAAAGCAGAUGGCAAAAUUAUGGCUCUUGGCAAUGAAGACGGAUCAAUAGAAAUAUUCAAGGUUCCUAACUUGAAACUGAUCUGCACCAUCCAGCAGCAUCACAAGCUUGUCAAUGCCAUCAGCUGGCAUCAUGAGCAUGGCAGCCAGCCAGAGCUGAGCUAUCUGAUGGCCUCUGGUUCCAACAAUGCAGUCAUUUAUGUGCACAACCUGCAGACUGUCAUAGAGAGCAAUCCUGAAUCUCCAGUGACCAUCACAGAGCCCUACCGGACCCUCUCAGGGCACACAGCCAAGAUCACCCGUCUGGCAUGGAGCCCACAUCAUGACGGAAGGCUGGUGUCUGCUUCCUAUGAUGGUACCGCUCAGGUGUGGGAUACCCUCCAGGAAGAGCCUCUGUACAAUUUCCGUGGACAUCGAGGUCGACUGCUUUGUGUGGCUUGGUCCCCGUUGGAUCCAGACUGCAUCUACUCAGGGGCAGAUGACUUCUGUGUGUACAAAUGGCUCACGUCCAUGCAAGAACAUUCCCGGCCUCCUCAAGGCAAGAAAAGUAUUGAAUUAGAGAAAAAAAGGCUCUCUCAACCUAAGCCAAAGCCCAAAAAGAAGAAAAAGCCCACUUCAAGAGUGCCUACCAAGCAGGAAUUCUGUGACAGGAAUGAAGAAGAGAGCAUAAAGGAGAGCUCAGGCCCUGUUGAGAACGGCGUGUCAGACCAGGAGACGGAGGAGGAAGUCCGGGAGCCAGAGCCACCCUGUGGUGACACCCCCACAGUUUCUAAGGAACCAGUUACCUGCACUCCAGCUUCCUUAGGUUUAGAAAAGUCAAAAGUCACCAUUAAUAACAAAGUCGCUGUACUGAAAAAGGAGGCACCUAAAGAGAAGCCAGAAGCCCUAAUCAUUAAGAAGCGAAAAGCUCGUUCCAUGCUUCCACUGAGUACGAGUCUGGACCACAGAUCCAAGGAAGAGCUUCAUCAGGACUGUUUGGUACUAGCCACUGCAAAACACUCCAAAGCAGAGCCGAGCGAGGAUGUGUCUGCUGAUCUUGAGGAAAGAUUUCACCUGGGACUUUUCACAGACAGGGCUACCCUGUACCGAAUGAUUGACGCUGAAGGAAAAGGUCACUUGGAAAAUGGCCACCCAGAGUUGUACCACCAGCUCAUGCUUUGGAAAGGAGACCUAAAAGGUGUUCUGCAGACUGCGGCGGAAAGAGGGGAGCUGACGGACAAUCUUGUGGCUAUGGCACCAGUCGCUGGUUACCAUGUGUGGCUCUGGGCCGUGGAAGCUUUUGCCAAACAACUGUGUUUUCAGGACCAGCACGUCAAGGCUGCCUCUCACCUACUUUCUAUCCACAAAGUGUAUGAAGCUAUAGAGCUGCUCAAAUCAAACCAUUUCUACAGGGAGGCCAUUGCCAUUGCCAAGGCCCGGCUGCGCCCAGAGGACCCAAUCCUGAGAGACCUGUACCUCAGCUGGGGAGCCAUCCUAGAAAAAGACGGUCAUUAUGCCUUAGCAGCCAAAUGCUAUUUAGGGGCCACUUCGGCUUAUGACGCAGCCAAAGUCUUGGCCAAAAAGGGGGACGCGGCAUCACUUAGAACCGCUGCAGAGUUGGCUUCCAUCGUAGGAGAGAGUGAGUUGUCUGCUUCCCUGGCUCUCAGAUGUGCCCAAGAGCUGCUUAUGGCCAGGAACUGGGUGGGAGCCCAGGAAGCCCUGCAGCUCCACGAAAGUCUCAAGGGUCAGAGAUUGGUGUUCUGCCUUCUGGAGCUGCUGUCCAAGCAGCUAGAGGAAAAGCAGCUUUCGGAGGGCAAAAGCGCCUCCUCCUCUUACAAUGCUUGGCCCUCGGGCAGCGAAGGGUGCUUCGUGGAAAGGGUGACCGCAGUAUGGAAGAGCGCCUUCAGCCUCGACUCCCCAGAGCAGUACCAGGCAGCCCUUCAGCAGCUGCAAAAUAUCAAGUACCCAUCUGCUACCAAUAACACCCCCUCCAAACAGCUCCUGCUUCACAUUUGCCAUGACCUAACCUUGGCAGUGCUGAGCCAGCAGUUGGCCUCCUGGGACAUGGCUGUGGAAGGACUGCUUCGGGCUGUGAUGCAGAGCUACGAUUCGGGCAACUUCACCAUCAUGCAGGAAGUGCACUCAGCCUUUCUUCCCGAGGGCUGUGACCACCUAAGAGACAGACUGAGUGACCAAGAGUCCCCGACCACACCAGCUUUCAAAAGUUUGGAGGCCUUUUUUAUUUAUGGACGUCUGUAUGAAUUCUGGUGGUCUCUCUCCAGGCCUUGCCCCGAAUCUAGCAUCUGGAUAAGGGCUGUUCACAGAAGGACAACCUCUGUUGAGCAGAGCCAACAGGUGGACAAUGUCAGCCCUGAAGAAACUGACCCCAAAGCUUCCCAGCCAGAGCCAAGCAAGACUCCAGAACCAGAUGUGACACUCACAGAAGAAGGUGAGCAAAUGCUGAACACUUGUAAGGAGCUCAUUUCAGAAAAGCAUGCCAGUCUCCAGAACUCACAGAGAACCAUUGCUGAAGUCCAGGAGACCCUGGCAGAAAUGAUCCGCCAGCACCAGAAGAGUCAGCUCUGUAAAUCCACAGCCAGUGGCCCUGAUAAGAAUGAACCUGAACAGGAAGCAGAAGAGUCCCUCUCUAGCCCUCAGAGCCAGAGGAAAGAAGAAAAAAAUGAGCCAGUUUCUCUGCCUGAAUUAACCAAAAGGCUUACGGAGGCGAAUGAGAGAAUAGCUAAGUUUCCUGAGAGUAUUAAGACCUGGCCCUUCCCAGACGUGCUGGAGUGCUGCCUCAUCCUGCUUCACAUCGGGUCCCAGUUUCCUGGCUUUGUGACCCAGGAAAUGCAGCAACAAGCUCAAGAAUUCCUCCUGAAAUACGGCAACACUAAAGUUUACAAACGACAGUGCCAGACCCUCUGCACGUGAACUUUCAAGGACCUCUAAGAAACUGUGCCAAAUUCAGAACAUCCAGCACCUUUCACCUCUGCAUUUACACCUCACCAGACACUGACUUGGAUCCCUAAAUGUUUCUGCAGUGAUCUAAAUAAGACAAAUGAGGAUCACGUUUGAAUCAGCUCUGCACUUAAUCACAGGGGAAUCUGGCCUUGGACUCAAUUGUGGUUUCCCACUGGAAGAAAGAUCAUGAAAAGCCAGCAGUAGUCACUCAGAACUAACGUGUGCAGAGUGAUUGUUGGUCAUCUCUAAAGCCUUAUGCAGGUUUCACCCAAAGAGGAGAAACGUCUUUAAAUUACCCAAAGUGUUAUAUUCUUAAACACAAGCUACCUUUACAAAUGCUUCACCUGAUCAUAAACAUGUCAUUCUCCUUUGAGACAGAAUUGCUGCAUUUUAUGAUUAUUGGUAUGGUUUUUAAAUUGUUUUUGUUAACUUGGGUUCACCCCUUCUACUCCUUCAAAGACUGAAGUUUGAAUGUGAAAUAGGCCUUACCCAUCAUGUUGACGCUUUAUCCCAUCUGAACUUUAGGUCAGAAGUUUGUUUUGGUGUUUCACAGAAUUGCAUAUUUGAACAAAUCAUUUACUAAAACUUUAGAAGAACAAAUAACUAACUCAGAAGUGUCUUAUCCCUUCAGUUUUCUAUGAAAUGAUUGAUGAUGACCAAAGUAGCUCAGGAAGAAAUUACUGUUUCACUGGUUCUUAAUCUCUUUUGGAUCAUAGGACCCUUAGAGAAUUAAAGCCACAGAUGAUCUUUAAAGGAAAACGCAUACUCCUCAUUUUGCGUAUGUAACUCAACGUUUGGACCGUUGAGCUCCAACUUCAGCAUUCUAAGACCCUGCAUACUAUUUAAUUAUAAAUCCUUGUGGGGCUUUGUUGUUCUUUGGCUUUGGGUUUUUGUUGAUGUUACUGCUUUCCCCCAGUAAUGAGCAUUUUCUUCUCUUUGAUUAUUUACAUAGUUGAACAAUGUCAGGAAGAGAUGUCUCUGUAAUAUCCUGGUUGCUAGGACAUAAAAAUCAAGCAGUCACAGGUGAGUUGGGAGAGAGCACUCUCCCAUUACUAUGUUCUUUAGAGACUCAUUGUGAAGGUAUUCCUGCUUCAAUGUCCUGUUUAUUUUUUCAGCUAUUUCCUAGAGUUUGGGCUGAGGUGGGCAAGAAUGAAAUGCAUUAACCGGAACUCUCUAGAAAGGAAAAAGUUUAAGAGGCAGUUUUCAAAGAUCUGACUUACCAAGUUUGGUUCUGUCUUGUUUUAAUUAGACCUAGCUUUAGAAUUUAAAGAUGCUAAACCUAAAAAAAGGAAAUAUUGUAGAACUUAGAUCCUUAUAGUUCUAAGUUAAGUGAAUUUUAGGAAGAAGAUGCAUUGCUGUUAGAGGCUGAAGAAUCCUGUUGCAAAGAUAUAAACAGGCUAAUAAGUGGAGAACGAGAUACCAGUUCUAUAAUCUUUGUGAAAAUGAACAAAUGCUUCACUUACAGAGACAGAAAAAUACUUCUUUCCUUCCACUCGAGUAGAGAGCAGUAUUAAACUAGAAAUCCUAAUAAGCACCUUCAUGGUUUACCAAAACCAUCACCUGUGGACGAGGGAAAGCUGCACACUCCUCCGUUACUGCUUGGCUAAGAACGAGAAUUAUUGCUUGACGACCAAGCAAGAACACUACCCAAAAGCAAAGAGGACAAACGACACAACUCCGUUUCCUCUCAAGCUCCUCUUUCCAGUACUAGAUAGUACUGAUUUGAAAAAAUGGUUUCAUUUCCAUCUCCCUAAUUAUUAGAACCCCAGAGCACCAAAGAGGUGAAGCUUUCUGCAUGGAUAAGAUAUAUCAAAGAUAAAUCACCAAGCAACUCAAGAAGCAGUUUUGGUACUUAGGCCAUCCAAGAUAACUUCAUCUCUAGUAGAUAACUGUAUCUCUAUUAUAAGCCACCAUCCUAUUACCCAGAUGGAUGACUGAACUCUCCUCCCAGUGUCUCAAUUUGCUUUCUUACUACUAAUUAUACAUUCUUCAUAUACCAAUGACUAGUCUAAAUUACAGAUCAAAUCUUAUCUAUCCUGUUCUCAAUUAGUUCCCACUGCUGCUGGAAAGAUAAUCUUGAAAGGGGCUUAAAAAGCACUCCCUGAUUCCAGCCCUCACCUCUUGGUCACCUGUCCAGAUGUUUUCAUCCUUGCUUCUAGAUUCCUGCUCCACUGGUCUCUGAACUGCUGGAACCCAGCAGGUUUUCACGUCAUCUCAAGGGUUUUGCCCAUGUUGUUCCCUGCCUUGCCCACUCCUGCUCAUCUCUUAGAUCUCAGCUUAAAUGUUCUUUCUCUAAAAAGACUGUCCCUAAACUUCAACCUCAGUCAGGGACAUCCCAUCCAGUACUUCACAGGCCACAAAUUGUAUUUUUGUGAAUUAUUUACUGGCUGGCGACAGAUUGUAAGCUCCAGUGAAUGCAGAGAUUAUGUCUUCCACGCACUCUUUUAUCCCUAGCCCCCACUUAACAGUGUAUAUAGUAUUCAGUAGGUGCAUAGUGGAAACAGCCACUUGAGAAACUGGGAAACUGGGAGAAUGCUCAUUAAUAGCUUGCACUUGAAGGACUCUAAACUGAGCUUCCUACCAGCCCUGGCUGACAACUGAGGCUAGUAGAUGGUAGUCAGCCUUACUGUGUUGGCAGAACAUGGGAAUUCAAGAACAUCUGGCAGUACAAGAGCCUCCCCACCUCUCUAGCCAUGAUUUUUCAGUUACCCACAGUCAACAGCAGUCCAAAAAUAUUAAAUGGAAAAUUCCAGAAAUAAGUAAUUCAUAACUUUGAAAUUGUGGACAUUCUGAGUAGCAUGAUCAAGUCUCAGAGCAGUCCCACCGUGUCCCAUCCAGGACGUGAACCAUCCCUUGGUCCAGCACAUCCAUACUAUAUACACUCCCUGCCCAUUAGUAUAGGAGCAAACAGAGCACAGAGGGCUCAGUACCCUCCAUGGUUUUAGGCAUCUACUGGGGGUCUGGAAACAUACCCCCACAGAUAAGGGGUUGAAUUACACCCAUAGUUAGCAUUCUCUUGGUUACUCAAGACCACCCCUUUCUGAUGAUAACCACCGACGCACAGCCCUAAACACGCUCAGUGUACACAAGGUGAAGUUCUUUGCAGUUCCACUAGACUUGUGCCCCUUCUUUAGCACCACUUUAAGAAGAUGUCUCUUAUCUCUCCCGUGCAAUGGCCGGACGCCUACUCAGCACUGAGGUCCUCAACGCUUCAUCUCAACAUUGCUCCUGACAUGUCAGUAAGCCUUUUCUCACCUGUGGCAAAGGUAAAUGCCCUAUUUUAAUCCAAAUUUGUUAGGACAUCUGUGUAGGGCUCACAGUCACCAGCAGGCCAAAGCACCUUGGCUGAGAACCACUGACCUAUGCUGCUUUACUACACAACUUACAAUGAUAUAUAUAUACCACUUCCAGUAUGUGAACAACCCAAUCAAAAUCCUAGAUCUGCUCCUGCACUUGACUUCUUACAACUCCAUGUUUUGGGGCCAACAGGACUGGAAACAAAGUCCUGAGCCAAAGCCUAGGGGAUCAGAAGUUCAGCUUAUCUAAAAGAAGUCCAUUAAUUAACGAGCAAAUCCACCAUAUAUAAUGGAGUAGCACCAGGAAAUAUAAUUAAAACCAGUUUCCUAAUAAGGCCCAAUAAUCAGAGCAUAUGAAGUGAAGAGACAAUUCCACUUACACAGUUGCUCAUUAAAAGCUUCCUACAAAGUAAAACAUUCUGUAUGCAAGCCAGCUUGCAGCAAAUAGAGGCAAGAGGGAACAGACAAGAUGUUUCCAUGUUACAUUAGCCAUCGACCUUCUUCUAGAGCUGGCAAUUCAGAGCUUUGAAACACCAAACCUUCAUGCCAGUGGUUGUUAAAAAGACAUCUUUAUUUUACAAAAUUAAAAACAUAAAUAAUAUUUACAAGCAUCUUAAAUACCAGCUUAUAAUACUUGACAUUUUUUAAUCAUUUCAAAUUGAGUUUCUCAUAAGCUUUUAAAAUGCAAGACUAUUUAUCCAUCAGUGAGUUACCAGUUUCCAUUUCCACUAUUACAAAGGAGUUUUUGGUUUUUUGAAAUUGUCCAUACCAUAGUCAUUCAAAAAAAAAAAAAAA